UGCGGAGAUUAGCGAAAGAACACUUGCUAAUGAAUCUAUGAUACGUAAAAAACGUGGUAGACCACUUGGUUCAAGAGAUUUGAAACCAAGAAAAUUUAAACAACAAGUUGUAGUUUGUGAUGCCAAAGAAGUUCAACCUUCUCAAGAAGAAAAUGAACAUUUUGAAAAUAUCGGCCUUGAAGAUAACAUCAAUAAUAAUGAUACCUCAAAAGAGGAUCCAAUCACCUUCGAAGAGGUAAAUAUUCCAGAUAAAGAUAGAAACGUCGAUAAUUUUGAAAUUUCAAUUAAUUACGUUUCUAAUGGAAUACAAUGGAAUAGAAAUGAUAUUGAUGUUAAUGAUAUAUUUUCAUAUGCCAUCGCCACAGAUAUAAUGAAUGAACACGAUGACAAUGAGCCUAAAUCUAUUGACGAAUGUCGUCGUAGAAAUGAUUGGCCAAAAUGGAAUGAAGCAAUUCAGGUAGAAUUAAAAUCGCUAGAAAAGCGUAAUGUUUUUGGACCAAUUGUCCAUAUGCCAAAAGGCGUAAAACCUGUCGAUUUUAAAUGGGUUUUUGUGCGUAAACGCAACGAGAAAAAUGAAAUCGUUAGAUACAAAGCCCGACUUGUUGCCCAAGGUUUUUCUCAAAUGCCAGGAAUCGAUUAUGAUGAGACGUAUUCUCCAGUAGUUGAUGCUACAACUUUAAGAUUUUUAAUUGGCAUGUCUGUUUUUGAAAGGCUGCAAAUGCGCCUAAUGGAUGUGGUGACCGCAUAUUUAUACGGUUCACUCGAUACAGACAUAUAUAUGAGAAUUCCUGGAGGCUUUAAAAUACCUGAUGCUUAUAGCUCGAAAUCUCGAGAUUUAUUUUCCAUAAAAUUGCAAAAGUCAUUAUAUGGAUUAAAACAAUCUGGACGCAUGUGGUAUAACCGUCUCAGUGAAUAUUUGAUUAAAGAAGGGUAUAAAAAUGAUCCCAUUAGUCCAUGUGUUUUCAUUCAGCGAUCCAAAUCAGGAUUCGCCAUAAUUGCAGUAUAUGUUGAUGAUUUGAAUAUAAUCGGAACUCCUAAUGAAAUUGAAAAUACUGCAAAAUAUCUCAUGAAAGAAUUUGAAAUGAAAGACCUUGGGAGAACAAAAUUUUGUCUCGGCAUUCAAAUUGAACAUUUGAGAAAUGGUAUUUUCAUCCACCAAUCAAAUUAUACCGAGAAACUUUUGAAGCGAUUUUACAUGGAUAAAGCACAUCCGCUCAAUUCUCCAAUGGUGGUUCGAUCUCUCAAUGUGCAUGAUGAUCCUUUCCGACCUUGUGAAGAUGAUGAAGAAAUUCUUGGUCCCGAAAUACCAUAUUUGAGUGCUAUUGGAGCAUUAAUGUAUUUGGCUAAUAAUACUCGACCAGAUAUUGCUUUUUCUGUAAAUUUAUUAGCCAUGUACAGUUCUUCCCCAACAAGAAGGCAUUGGAAUGGUGUCAAACAUAUAUUCCGAUAUCUCAAUGGUACAAUCGAUCUUGGAUUGUAUUUCAAGAAUGGUGCAAAUGCCACUUUAAUUGGCUACGCGGAUGCAGGAUACUUGUCUGAUCCACAAAAGGCAAAAUCACAAACAGGAUAUUUAUUCACCUAUGGUGAUACCGCUAUAUCAUGGAGAUCAAUGAAGCAAACAUUAACUGCAACAUCAUCAAAUCAUGCAGAAUUAAUUGCUCUUUAUGAAGCAGGUCGUGAGUGUGUCUGGUUGAGAUCAAUGAUCCAGCACAUACAAAAUGAAUGCGGUAUAAAAUCUUUUACUUCUAAUCCUACUGUGAUUUAUGAAGAUAAUACAGCAUGUAUAGCUCAGAUCAAAGGAGGUUACAUCAAAGGGGACAGAACAAAGCAUAUAGCACCAAAACUUUUCUCCACACAUGAUCUUGAGAAAGACGGAACGGUUGAUGUCAAACAAAUCAAGUCAUGCGACAACCCUGCUGAUUUGUUCACAAAGUCAUUGGCACCGAAGAAAUUUGAAGAACUGGUCCAUAAAAUUGGAAUGUAUCGUCUUCGAGAUAUAUGUUAAAUUGAGGGGGAGUAAUAUAAUGCACUGCACUCUUUUUCCCUUCGUCAGGUUUUUAUCCCACUGGGUUUUUCUUGACAAAGGUUUUUAACGAGACAGUACAUUAUAAUACUAUGAAACUAAUACCCCAGAAUAAUUAGAAGAUGACCAUUCAAGGGGGAGUGUUGAAAUAUA